AUGAUGCUCAUAGAUCCAUAGAAUAAGCUACUUUAUACAUAGAUUAUGGAUUUAAUCAUGUAAUUAUAUAUAUAAUGAGUUUAGGAAAAAGGAUCCAAGAAUUGUGGUUGCAAAGGAUUACAAUUAUUCAUGCCCAAAAUUGUAAUAUAAGGAAAAUGGUAGAUUAUUUUUAUCAUUUACUUGUUUUAAUUUUAAUGAGAUAUUCAGUAUAGCAGGUAAUUACAUGAUUGAUAAAUAUUAUAAGGGUAAUUAAUUAUUUAUAAAAUAUAGAUUACACUAAAGAAGAUCCAGAUGUUGGAUUUCAUUUGACAUUUUCAUUUAAUGUUUAAUCAGCUAAAGAAGAACCUAAGAUUCAAAAAAAUGCAACUGAAGCAGAAAAAGCUGAAAUUUAAGAAAUUAAAUUAUAGAUAAGAGCAGAAAAUUAGAAAUUGUUUGAGAAAGUCACUAAAGAUUUUUCAUAAAUAAGAAGAAAUUUUUAUGCAUCUGCAUUUGAAUAGGCAUUUGAUCAAAUCAAUAAAGGACAAACAGCUUCUAAAUUUAAAUAUUAAAGUAGAGAGAAUGAAGUUGUUUAUGCUAUUCCUGAUUAAGAUGCUUUGAAUAUAUUCUAUGAAAUAUCAUUUUCUGAUAAUGUAGAUAAAACAUUAACAAAUUUAAUAAUUGAUGCUAUGACAAUUAUUUUUAUUUAUAUAAUUUAACCAAUUAAAUUGAUAAAUAUCUCAAAAUUGUAUUCGAUAAAAAAAAUAAUAAUUUUAACUUAAAUCAUAAUAUGA